AUGGCCUCCACAACUUUGCAUUUGCGUCGCGACUUUUGAGUUAAAUUGUGCGUGAGUGGGACAACAAGUGCAACAACGUCUCUGCACCUCUUUGUACCUCUUUCACACCCGCUGGCAAAUCAACCCUCCAGUCAACAAUUGGAAAACAGGUCGCAGGUCGACAGCAGUCGCAGUUAGGUUCAGUGAACUUGCACCAGAUACAGAUCCGGAACUCUUGUUCAAUCAAUAGCGAAAGAAAAAGCGAAAAGACGAUGCCAGACAUACCAUUUGUGCUCAAUCUGGACUCGCCGGAUUCCAUGUACUAUGGCCACGACAUGUUUCCCAAUCGUCUCUAUCGUCGCAUGCAUUCGCGACAUCACGAUUCCUUGGAUUUGCACACGCUGGGCAUGAUUGCUCGGAUGGGAGCACAUGCCCAUCAUCUGGUGGCCAAGAAGCAUCGCGAUGAGUUGGGUGGGAGCAGCACGGUCAAGCGACAGGGCAACUUUGAGGUGAAUCUCGAUGUGGGACUCUUUGAGCCGGGCGAGCUGAGUGUGAAGCUGGUCAACAAUUGCAUCGUUGUCGAGGGCAAGCAUGAGGAGCGGGAGGAUGAGCAUGGUCAUGUCUCGCGGCACUUUGUGCGUCGCUAUCCCUUGCCCAAGGAGUACAAUGCCGAUGAAAUUGCCUCGACCUUGACCGAUGAAGGCGUUCUGUCCAUCACAGUGCCACCGUUAGUUGCACCCGAGGAUGCCGAGGAGCGCAUUAUACCCAUUAAGCAUGUGGGACCGUCCGAUUUGUUUGUGCAGGCCAAGAAUAAUGGACACAAGGAGCCGACUGCAGCAGAUGGCGAGGCAGCCAAGUAAACAAACAGAAGUAGCAGCAACAGCAGCCAAGUGAUUUACCAAGACUCUCAUUGUCAUUGCACGACCGCAAGGAACUCAAAAUUAUGCACAAAACCCCAUUUUAAUAAUUCAUUUUAGUGUUUAAAAUAUUAAUUCAUUUAAAUGUAAUUAUUCACAUUAUCCAAAAUUAGAUUAAUUGCUUGUCCAAUUUAUCAGUAUUAAUAAAGCUAUUUUAAAAUCUCGA